UUUGUCUGGAUCUGCAGCCCUCUUGCACUUCAUUUAUGUUUCUGCGGGGGGGUGAGAUCUUCUCAACUUGUACCAGAAAGCAUUCUGAAUGAGGGUGUGGGGAAAGACCUCGGAUCCCACACAGAGCCACUUGUGUCUCUGUUGGGUGGAAGGAUGUCUGACAGAAGAGGUCAGAGGUGCGUGGGUUCAGUUUACACUAAACCAAAUUCAGACUACAUCAAAUCUGACCACACUUGUUAUUUCCAGGAAUAUUCUGGAGCAGGAAGGAGGCCCAAAUGAGUCACUUGAGCCAUCAUCUAGCUCUGCGAUGAAGUACAGCCCCAUUAUACUUUGGAUCUGGAUGCAUACGCCCCUCCCAGUCCCGUGUCUGACAUUGGAGUCAAGUCUUUGCUUAAGCCAGGCAUACUUGCGCAUGUCGUGACAGCCCCCCAUACGCCUCAUCCUUCACGGGAUAAGCCUGGUGCUUCCGUGAGUUAAGGACUAACAGAAGGAAAUGUGUAAGCAGGGUCACUAAUACGGCCUUUCCCACACAGCAGCGCCCUAUCGGAUCCUGCACUGGCAUGGAGACCCUCAGCAAGGGAUGGCUGUCACACAGGCUUGUGCUGUGCUGUGCCUUUUGGGGACUCUGCCUGGCCUCUCCGGACUACGAUGACUACUCUCAGAACAGCACCAACGAGCAGGUAACAACAUCGGAGAUCACACCGUGUCCUCGAGCCAUCCCUGGGGAAAAGGCAACCAUAAACAAUGUCACCUACCUGUUGGUACACGAGGCCACAUGCUCUCAGCUGAGCAGCAUGGUCACAGUGCGGCUCAUCCCCUGCCUCUACACCCUCGUCUUCCUGGUGGGGCUGCCUUCAAAUGCGCUAGCCCUGUGGGUGCUGGCCACCAGGGCUGAGAAGCUCACCUCCACUGUCUUUCUGAUGAACUUGGCUGCAGCAGACCUUCUGCUUGUAUUGGUGCUGCCCUUCAAGAUUUUCUACUAUUUUCUGGGGAACAACUGGCCCUUUGGGGAAGGCCUAUGCCGGCUCACCACAGCUUUCUUCUACGGGAAUAUGUACUGCUCAGUGCUGCUGCUCACAUGCAUCAGUGUCGACCGGUAUCUGGCUGUGGUGCAUCCUUUCUUUUCACGUUCUUUCCGCACCCCUGCCUUUGCUGCCUGCACCUGCACUGCCAUCUGGCUCUGUGCUGCCAUCCUCACCCUGCCCCUGACUCUGCAGCAGCAGUCGUAUCCCCUGUAUGGGGUAGACAUCACUCUCUGCCAUGAUGUUCUCCCCAGGCACGAGGAUGACGGGUAUUACUUCUACUACUUUACCUGCCUGAUUACCUGUGCUUUCCUCGUUCCUCUGGUGGUGAUGCUGUUCAGCUACUGCUCAGUAUUGCGAGCCCUCCUGGACAGUGGGAAGCGAUACUCCUACUCUAUGAAGCUCACAGCUCUUGUGCUGUUCACGCUGGUGGCCUUCUACACACCCAGCAAUGUUCUGCUCCUUGUUCAUUACUCCAGCUAUAACUCCAAACUGUAUGGCAACCUGUAUAUCAGCUACAUGGUAAGCCUGGCCAUCAGUACCUUUAACAGCUGCGCUGAUCCCUUUGUCUACUACUAUGUUUCUGAAGACUUCCGGGAGAAGGUGAGAAGAAGAUUCUUCAGUCACAGGAAACAAAACACUACAUCCCUAAAAACUUCCAAGGAAACACUGCCUCAGAAAAGUUCCAAAGAUUCACUGGUAUAAGCCUCCAGCCCAGCUCCCUGCUCCCAAGGCACUCACAACAUCCAGUGGGGAUGAGAUGAAGACAACACUGGUAUCCCAGAGCAGCAAGUGGUAUUUCCCAGGAGACAAGUCCUUUCUCCUGUCUGCAUAGCUAAGACUGAAUAAACCUGGCCCACAGGGUUCUGUGAGAGGUGUGGAGUCCAGACAAGAUGCGGAGUGCUGAACAUGUGGAGAUCUGUUACUGGGACACUGCAUGCAACUUGUCACCUGGUCACUUAUUGCCAGGGAUGCUCUUACUGAUACACCUAUGUCUGGUUUUCCUCAUGCAUCUUGCAAGCUGAUUGCUAUCUGUGUUCUGUUUCUUUCUCUGCUACUGACUUGCUUGCUGUCCUUAAAUGUAUAUUGCCUUUACCUAAAACUGAAAACCAACAGGCACUUGCAAAACCAAAUUCGUCAACUUUUCAAAAGUACUAGGAAGUACCAACAUGAAAGGUACUCUCCUAAACUAAAAUACGCUGUCAAGAGAAUGUAGAGCACUGGCUUUUCUACCAAAGAUGCUCUUGCAGCACGAUAGUGAUGUCAGGCCAUUGCUGGUAACAAGUGCACAAAUCUCAUUCACUCAUCCUUAUUUUUGCAAAUGACCCUUGGCAUCUGUAAUUCCUUUGGGGCAAAGAUUGUAUUACUGGAUAUAUUUUUUUAAAAAAAUCAUUAUGUAUCUUGAAGGGAAUUAAAGCAGGAAUUGAGAAAACCCUU